AGGGGCAGGCAUCCCGGCGGCUUUGUAUGACUGGGCUGGGCAGAGCGGAAUGGGGGUUCUGGUGGUGCUGUUGGGGAUGCCGAGCUUCCUGGUGGUGGCUCUGGGGGGCUCCCCUGCCCUCCACUGGGACAGCACCUCCUGCCACUUGGCCAGGCCCAUCCCUGGCAGCCCCUUGGGGUCCCUGAGCUUCCUGGGCAAGGAUGCACAGGGACUGGCCCUGUUCCACGCCCGCUGGGAUGGGCAAGGGAGGCUACAGGCGUGUAGCCAGCAGGAUGAGCCGGCACUCACCGCAGCCUUCAGUGCUGUAUGUGCUGGUGAGAUCACCCGGGGAUCCUUCAUCCACACCCCUGGACCUGAGCUGCAGAGAGCCCUGGCCACCCUUCAGAGUCAGCGGGAGGCCUGCCGGAGGCCUGAGGAGAGUCCAGCAGGGUCCAGGCAGAAGCGAGCAGCAGGGCAGAGUGCAGCGCCUGGUGUGGGGCACCAGCGAGUGAAGAGAGGUUGGACCAUGCCUGGCACGCUGUGGUGUGGAGUUGGGGACUCUGCCGGGAACUCCUCGAAGCUGGGGGUCUUCCAGGGCCCCGAUCUCUGCUGCCGGGAACACGACCUCUGCCCACAGACUGUCUCGCCCUUCCAGUACAACUAUGGCAUCCGAAACUACCGAUUCCACACCAUCUCCCACUGCGGCUGUGACGCCAGGUUCCAGCAAUGCCUGCAGAACCAGAGAGACCCCGUCUCUGACAUCGUGGGUGUGGCCUUCUUCAACGUGCUGGAAACCCCUUGCUUCAUUCUGGAGGAGCAGGAGGCGUGUGUGGCGUGGUACUGGUGGGGCGGGUGUAGAACGUACGGCUCCAUAGCCCUUGCCCGCCUCCAGCCCAGGACCCUCUACAAUGCCUCCUGGAGCUCCCCAGCCACCCCCCUGACUCCCAGCCCCCAGAACCCAGCCCUCAGUAAGCCUCGAUGGAAGCAGCACCCUUGGAAGUGGCCGCCACAGUGGAAAGAGUCCCAGCACCCCAGCAAAGCCAACACCACAGCCCUCCAGGUGCCCGUGGCCUCCCCUAGGCCUCAUAUGGCCCCCACAGCCCGGGUGGAGGUCACCCAUCCAGGCCUCCAGGGGCCAUGGGGUGGCCUAAAACCUCAGGGCACCAGCCGGGCCUGCCGCAGCUUCCGCCACCUGGACCGGUGUGAGCACCAGAUCAGGCCUCAAGAGACCAAGUUCCAGCUGAUCAAUAAGGCCCAUGAGCCCCUCUUCCACUGCAAUUGCACACGCCGUCUGGCACGCUUCCUGAGACUCCAUGGCCCACCCGUGGGCGCCAACAUGCUUUGGGAGCUGCUGGGCAGGACCUGCUUCAAGCUGGCCCCUCCACCGGACUGUGCUGAGGGCAAAGGCUGUUCCAGAGACCCUAAGGCCAUCGAGGUGUCAGCUCGGCACUUGCGCCAACUUCAGCAGAGGCGACUCCAGCUCCAGGGCACAGGCACAGAUGAGGGGCGGGCACAGCCUUCAGAGCACCCAAGGGCCCCCAUGUCAUUCUAUGACCGGUGCCUGCAGCUGACCCAGGCAGCCCGAGGACCUGAGGGGCAGCAGAAAUCCUGGAACCAGUGACCUCAGUUCCAGCUCUCCUGGGCACCAGACUGGACCCUGCCCCUGGCUUUGCCAGGCCCUCGAGUCUCGGCCUCUUCUCAGUGUUUUAGACUGAAGCAUGACACGGGCUCUUGUGGACAGCCAGGAGGCUGGAUGGGGGAGGCGGGGGGGCGGGUCAAGACCCAAAUGCUGGACCAUGUCUCCUGCUGUGCUGGGUGAUCUUGGGCUCAUGACACAACCUCUCUGUGCUUGGAUGUGCUGUUCAGGAGGCUCACUCUGAUGCCUUGGGCUUGGGCCUUGCCAAGGAACUUCACAUCCAGAUAGGAAUGGGGAAGGGGUAACUUAUUGCAGCAGCCCAGCAGAAGUACUAGAAGGAGGUACACAUAUCUCCAUGUUGCAAAAUUAAUACAGGUCUCAAGGACCUGCCUAGGGGAGCCCCAGCGGCUGCCUGCUGAGGCCUGGGGCAGCAGAUGGGGGAAUGAGGAUGUCACAGAAGUGCCUGUAUCUGGAUCUAGGACUGGGGGGCAUAGAGGGGAUUCCUACUCUCCUCCUCCCUGGGGGAACCCUUCUCUUAACAGCUGCUAUGCCCUUCCUGGCCCAACCCUGGCCCAUUCUUUCUACUCUAAACCUAAAUUCUAAUCUCCCCCGUGCCUUUGAGUAAGGAACCUCCCUCUCCCACUCUGAAACUUAGUCUCCUCCUCCGGAAAAGAGGAGUGU